AUGAGCUCUGUUAACAGAUUCCGUCCCGGUGAUGAAAAAAGUAAAAGGUGUGAGAGCUUUCUUCUGCUACCUGCCGUCAACGCUCAGUAUAGAAGAUGUUUUGCCAAUGAAGAGUUCAAUGCCUGCGCCUCUCCUUGUGAGGCAACAUGUAAAGAACCUAAUCGGGAAACUUGCCCGGGGUGUGCAGCUACGUGUGAAUGCAAGCCAGGCUUCCUAAGAAAUGAAUAUGGCGCUUGCGUGAAUGACUGCGACAACCUUCAGACAUUAAGACCUACGUGUAAUGCCAAUGAAGAGUUCAAAGAUUGUGGUACAGCUUGUGAGCCAACGUGCUGGAACCCCAAACCAGAAAACUGCUCAAAGAUGUGUGUAGUUGGAUGCCAGUGCAAAGAAGGAUAUUUCAGAAACGGAGAUGAUUGCACUACCGAAUGCGAAAAUGAUGACAAUGUCACAGCAACCAACCAACCACCAACCAACCAACCAGAUGUUCCUUGCCCACAAAAUGAAGAACUCAUAGAAUGCGGCGGCCCCUGUGAAUCGACUUGUGAAAGUCCCGCUCCAGUGAAUCCGGAUUGCAUAUACGACUGCAUAGGGGUUAUUUGUCGGUGCCGUGAAGGCUUCGCUCGUAAUUCGGAGGAUAAGUGCAUUCCGCAGAAGGAAUGUACUUAUAGUGGAGAAGAAUUUCCCAAUGAUUCCCUGGAUACAGGGAUUGCGUCCGCAGACAGCUGUGAUGAUGUAAAAUGUCCAGAAGGAACUGCCUGUUCCAUAGAAGACAGAUGUUUGGGGCCGCCAUGUCCCGUAGUUGUGUGCAAUCCAUCCUCUCAGAGCUCAUCGGAGACAUGUGGACCAAACGAGCUGCUGAAAGAAUGCUUCGGAUGCGAACCAACGUGUGAUCAUAUGAACCCAAAUUGUGAAGUUACUUGCGGCCGCCCUAGAUGCGUGUGCGAGGAAGGAUUCGCCCGGACUUCUUUUGGAGAGUGCGUUGAGAAGAAGAACUGCUUUUAUCCUGGGAUAGAGGAUCGACCGAGUGUGCCUGUAGAGAGCAAUCCGUUCUAUCGGGGAUCAUCAGUGAUGUGUGGACGGAACGAGGUGUCAGAAAGCUGCUUCGGAUGCGAACCAACAUGUGAUUCUAUGAAACCAGAUUGUGAAGUUAUUUGCGGCAGACCUACAUGUGUGUGCGAGGAAGGAUUCUUUCGAUCAUUUUUGGGAGAUUGUGUUACAAAAGACGAAUGUUCUUUCCUUUUGGAUCAACCGGAUGUUUCGGACAGCGAUUUGCUCCCUCAGGGAUCAUCAUGGAUGUGUGGACCAAACGAAUUGUUAAAAAAAUGCUUCGGCUGCGAACCAUCAUGUCUUCACAUGGACCCUGCACCGAAACGGAAAAGGAUUAGGAUGGCGAUCUCUACUUAUAACGCACGUACGCUUGCAUCGGAAGCGGCCAUCGAAGAUCUGAUGAUGCAAGUCAAGAAGAUCAAGUACGACGUCAUCGGACUGACCGAGACGAGACGACGUCACCCUCUCAACGUCGUAUAUGAAACUGGAGGAGAACUGUUCUUAGGAACAUACGACAGUAGAGGUGUUGGUGGAGUUGGCGUCCUAGUCAACACGAGUAUGGCAAAGAACAUCGACUCUUUCGAACAACUUACGACUCGAAUCGGACGUCUGCGGAUGAGAAGAUGUGGUCCAACACCAGCUUUGACAAUCUUCGUCGCUUACCAUCAAGCUACGAAGAAGAAGAAGUCGAAGCUUUGUACAUGGACCUGGAGAUGUUCUACCGAGGAGAUCAAGGCUUCUACAAGGUCAUAA